UCCAACUGUAUUUUACACCUUUUAUUGCUUAGACUAAAAGAUACGAUGUGUUGCUUUUCAGUGUAGCGCUUCAAACGCUUUGGGGUAAUGUAAUGGGUGGUAAAAAUAUAUUUUAUCUGGGUAAACACACACGUUAAAUAACCUUUUUCGACCGGUGACGUGACGUAAAAUGUUCAGGAAUAAUUAUCAGGGUGGAGCUGUGGUGGAGGUUUUUAGUGGACAAGGAAAGGACCCUGUGGCAAAAUGGAAACUUUGUGGAGGUCCCUCAGCUAUACAUAAGGAGUUCAAUAAAGAAGUCAAAGGAUUUGUUUACUGUCUGGAGGGUAGCAGCCAGACAGUCAAGAUGCAAAUGCCGGAGAGUGGGAAAACGUCUCUUGGACUUCUCCAAAGAUUCUUGGUCCUUCAAGUGAAUAUUCCUCAGUCUAAAGAUUUUUCAGUUGAACUCGUGAUAACUGAUUCAGAGCGCCUGAAAAGGAGACUGCACUUAUCAACAGUAUAUAAAGAGUUGUCUGCCACACCUUUGCAUGCAAAGAUACCUUUUGUAGGACUGAAACGCAGUAUUUGGUCUACUUUGUGCAUCGACCUUGUAUCAAUCACCGAUGAACUCUUCAAGGGGUUUUUGACGCUGGAUGGUAUCACUUUGUUUGCUACCUGUAAAGUUCGCAGAAUCUUCACCAUGAAAACGGAGCCCGCAGGAAUGUCAGAUGAUGAUAUGUUCCUCAGUGGAGCUGGUCUCAUGGACUCGAUCCCUCGCAGUUGCCAGUUUCCACCAGAUGUAAACUACGUCACUCAGGUGUUGAAAAUGGAGAAUUUGAGGAAGGCAGAUGUGAGGGCUGGACUGUUGAGCUCUGACUGUGUUCCUGAUCAGUCUACCACUGCCAGACCAGCCAGUUAUCGCCGAUCCAGGCCCCAGGGUGGUUUACACACAGCCCCCAGCUCCAGGGCUUCAGGGCUACCCCCUCAAACUGGGAGAAAAAACAGUGAAGCCUCAGACGGAGUGGAUAGAAGUGCACUCUUUAUCUUAAAUACGGGAACCCCGUCUAGUGGAAUGAACCAAAAAGUUACUGCAGAAAGUGAGAGCAUUGUCAAGCUGAGUGACAAGUUAUCACACAGAGAGCCGUCCCACAUUCCUCUUGAGGGAACACCUGGCAGUUUACAGCCCCAUCCCCCAAAAGACAGAGUGUUGGACAAACUGGGAUCUAAGAAGCUGCGAGUCUGCGGUGCUGGAAGAGAGAGACUAGCAUCAUCAGCCUCUCCAGAUGCUGCACCUGGUGGCAGCAGAAAGAUGAGUAAAACCAGGGAGAAGAGCACUCCUCCAGCCAGUAGGCAAGAGAGCAAGCAACAACCUCUGACCCUAAAAGAAAAAACAGAGCACCUAACAGCAGAUGAGCGUAGCUGCACUCCCAUCAAGGAAAGUUCAGGAGCUGCCCCCAUACCAGCCGAGUCUCCUGCCUGCUCGAUCUGUCCAGGUUUGUCAUGUGACCUGGAGGUCUGGAGCAGCUGGGAGAGUAAUGAGGGGUCCGAGCCCCAGCUCACUCUGCAAGAGGAGGUGUUCACUUUCUCAUCCCAGCCACACUCACCCAAACGAGGGCAAGGCCAGGGCGACCAGGAGAAGAUGGAGAUGGGAGAUGAUCAGGUUCAGAGCAAAAGUGGGGGGCGAUACGAGGCCCAGCCUGAGGAUGACUUUAUCGGCAGUGAAAGUGAUGAGGAUAAGAGCUACACCACAUUCCAGCAUCAAAUCCCUAGUGCUGAGUCCAACCCUGCUACUCCCAGAUCUCCCUGUCCAGCUCUGGAUGUGCAAUUUGAAGUCCAUCCUGAAUCUCAUAACAUGGAACAUACAGCACCAAAAGAGCUCAGUCCAUCCACCGCAGGCAUGCAGUCUCUCAGUGGGAGAGCUGAACCAGCUGGGAUCGCCCCCACACGCUGCCUCUCACCCAGCGCGACACCCAGCAGGCAGGAGCACAAGUAUGGCCCGCGUGGAUCAGAGGUAGCGAACCAGGCUGUGAAUCAGAACAGCAGUGUAUCGCUUUCAAGGAGACUCCUGCAAGAAGUCAAAAUAGAUGACUCCACACGGCACAAGGAAGAGGAAGAAGACGAAAACACACUGAAGCCUGUUGACUCCAGCUUACACCUGCUUAGCAGUCUCCGAAUGCAUGGGGAUGAUGAUGAUGACGAGCUUCGAAUGCUGGCAAGUCUAAAAAGGGAGCAGGAGGAAGAUGAAUGUAGAGCCUCAGGCCUCAGUGCAUCUCAGAUCCACCAGUGUAACGUCAGUAUCAGCAUGAGCAGCGACGACGCCUCUACCUGGACCCACGUCUCCAUGCCAGCUAAUCAGGGUCACCACUAUCAGAAGGAAAUGAAUCCCCUCCUGCAGUCAAACCCCAGGGAGUGGAUGGACGUGCUCAGCCCUCCCAUUAUGCCUCCCAGCCAGCGGAGAAGGUCAGGCAACACAUGGAACAAUUUGGAAGAUAUAAUCGCAGGAAGGGAUGAGCCUGUGAAUGAAGAGGAGAAGGAGGACGAGUAUUUGAAUCUGCUCUAUGAUCCUUGCCUGAACUGCUAUUUUGAUCCAAAGACGGGGAAGUACUACGAACUCGCUUGAGAGAGAAUCGAAAUCAUUAAAUCAGAAGUUAUUGACAGCGGAUGAAUGGCUUCAUCAAAGUUUUUGAGGCCUCGCUUAUUGAUCGGUAAUGAAUACUUCAUUCACAAAAACCUUUCCAUGUUGCUGCUUUUGUUUUUGAGGAACUAACAGGAGCUUGGUGUCUCCAUAAA